AUGCCUCCGAUUUCCAAGACGUGCCUGAGCUGUGCAAAUUCGAAAGUUCGGUGCAUUCGCACCCCAGAAAACCCUCAUGUUUGUACCCGGUGCCUGCGUCUAGGCAGAGAGUGUGCAUAUCGCCAAUCAGGCCGACGCUUCAAUGGCUUCCAGAAGGACCGGAAAAUUGAGGCGCUUGAGGCUCGCGUUAAGGAGCUCAUGGCCGACCGCAUUCCUUCAGAAACAUUGGCAGCAGCGUCAAGCAGCACGCGAAGCGCAUCAGUAGCAGCAAGUGAUGAUGAAGAUAAAGAUAUUAUCGACCGAGGCUUCCUCUCACUGCAAGCGGCCGAUCGAUACCUGAAGGCAUUCAAAACUAUCAUGACUCCACAUUUCCCAUUCGUGGUUGUGGCUCCUUCCAUCUCCGCUGCUCAGCUUCGGCAGCACAAUCCAUUUCUCUUCCUAGCGAUCAUAGCCUCAUCAUCGUCUCACUAUCACACAAAACCUCAUCGGUAUACUCAAUUUCUGCAAUUAGCCAUCAGUCUCAUCAUAGAGCUGCGACUUGAUCGGCCUCCAAAUACGCAAACAUGGAAAACUAAGAUGAAGUUUGCCCCUCAAGACACCUUGGAUGAUAACUUGACAUGUAGUCGGCCGUCAUGGGGUAGCGCUGAGAGGCGAGCGGUGGUCGGUUGCUAUUAUCUGUCAUCGUCGAUUGCAGUUCUUCUUCAAAAACACUCAACCUUUCAUCAUACCCCCUAUAUCGAUGAAUGCUGUCAAUUCCUUCAUGAUACGAAUGAGCAUCCUCAUGAUCAAUAUAUCACACCUCUUGUUCAGCUGCAGCAUAUCGCUGAGAAGAUAGAUCGUCUUUCUACAAGUCACAGACAGGAGAUGAUGGCACAUGGGUCGGGGGCCGAGCUUUAUGUGAGCAAUAUAAAAGCAGAGCUUGAUAGCUUACAGAAUGGCCUUCCCUUGAAUAUUGUUGAUAUCCCACUCGUGGCGAUUCAUUUCCACGCGACCAGACUUUGUCUAUUCCAGCUCGCCCUUAAUUUUCCGGGCCAAGAAAUGGAUUCCGAGCUUGGAAGCACUCAAUAUUGGCGAAACGAAAUGUCCUGUGCGGCUAUCAAUGCGGCUGAAUCAAUCCUUGCUCUAUACAUCUUCCUCCCAACUAACUCAGAACUGAGUUUCACAAAUACUCAGUGGGUGCAGUUGGCCUUUGCCAUGCUCAUUGCGUAUCGGCAUACUGCCAUGGUCUCCAAGCCAGAGCAAACUGCUGCGUUUUGCCAUACACUAGAGAAAAUACAGCAGCGAGUUAAUGCAUUAUCAACUCCCUAUAUGGAUCGAAAUGGCGACCGAGAUGUAUUUUUUUAUUUCAGAAAACGGGUUGAUCAGAUCCAGGGACAGGUAAAUGGCGCCCGAAAGAGGGAAGGCCCAUCAGGUGAAUCUAGGGAGAUCGGCUCACCUGGAAAUAUUCCUAACACUUUUGAAAGCGGACCGGACAAUGUAACUACAUUAUCAUCAUUGGAUGAUAUUGUCUUGCCCAUAGAUGAGACUUAUGACUUCUUACAAGAUUUUUUGUUCGACGCCUCUAUAGAGCAGAUCAUGGGUAACUGGGUCUAA